GAGCCCAUAUGCGAGCUGGGGGUGACUACAUUGUGUCUAUUGUAUGGUUUUUUUGUUUUGGUUUGGUUUCGGUUUUUUUUCCCCCCCCCGGGCAUUUUGCGCCUUUCACGGGAGGUGCAAACCGGGAGUAAAAAGCAUGGCAGAUGAGCAAGAAAUAAUGUGCAAACUCGAGAGCAUCAAGGAGAUCAGGAAUAAGACUUUGCAGAUGGAAAAAAUAAAGGCAAGACUGAAAGCAGAAUUUGAAGCCCUGGAGUCUGAGGAGAGGCACCUGAAAGAAUACAAACAAGAAAUGGACCUGCUGCUGCAGGAGAAGAUGGCUCACGUGGAGGAGCUGAGACUGAUCCACGCUGACAUUAACGUGAUGGAGAACACCAUCAAGCAGUCUGAGAACGAUCUGAACAAGCUCCUGGAGUCGACUCGCCGGCUGCACGAGGAGUACAAGCCCCUCAAGGAGCACGUGGAUGCCUUGAGGAUGACCCUGGGUCUGCAGAGGCUGCCGGACCUGUGUGAGGAGGAAGAGAAACUGUCCCUCGACUACUUUGAAAAGCAGAAAGCAGAAUGGCAGACAGAGCCACAGGAGCCUCCCAUCCCAGAGUCUCUGGCUGCAGCUGCAGCAGCUGCCCAACAGCUGCAGGUGGCCAGGAAGCAAGACACCAGACAGACAGCAACUUUCAGACAGCAGCCACCUCCAAUGAAGGCGUGUUUGUCGUGUCACCAGCAAAUCCACCGGAACGCGCCCAUUUGUCCCCUGUGCAAAGCCAAGAGCCGCUCUCGGAACCCCAAAAAGCCCAAGAGGAAACAGGAUGAAUGAAAUCCAGAAGAUUGUGACCAGCUCCUGUCCCAGUACUCUUCCAGUAGAAUGGCAAAUUUGCCCAGACUUUGCUGAAUUGCAGACUCAAGUAUGACUGUCUCAUUGUUUUCUAUUUAAAUGCAAUGUAAGCACAAUGAUCCUGCUCUAAGUUCCUUCCAGUCUUUAGGAUUUGGUUUUGGCAAAGUAAAUAUUACUGGUGCUACAGUUUAAUAUUUCAAUUGCUCCAUCUUUUGUACUCCUAAACAAACUGGAAUUCUUUGUGCAAGUAUCCUAAAUGUCAGGCUAUUUCUCUUGAUCAAAUGUGAUUACCACAAAUGCUUUUAUGUUCCCUUUUUAAAAAACAGAUGUUACUAAAAGAUUAUUCUGUUUUCUCCUGAUAACAGGGGACUGUUUGCAGUGCUGAAAGAGCAGACUGUCCGUUUGUUUCACUGAAGAACAAUUUGUUCUCCAAUCUCAUAAGACUGGGUAGGUUUGGGUAUCCAAUGCAACUCUUUUUAAACAGAAAAUGUUCAGGGAAAAGGAGACUUGUUAUACAGAAAAUCAGUGCACUAAGGACACACAUGGGUUUUGAUUUACUGAAGCUGAUUGUACCAUUCCCUCAAACUUGACUUAAAAUUUGAAAAGGUGCUGGCUGUGUAUGAAUUUCUAAAAAUGAUGUAAUUUGUCAUGCUUUAACAUCUUAACAGGUUAUUCUUUUCAGUAGUCAAAAGACUGACUGACUUAAGAACAAGGCUGAAGUGAACUGUAUUAGUGGUCCUCCUAGGCUUUAUGGCUGACCAAUGCACUGUGGUUCUAUAGGAAUCAUGCAUCAUAUAUCCCAGAUCUCUGUGUGCACAGACUGCACAUCAGCCAUUCUGCAUGUCCUCUGUUCCUGGUUUCUACAGCCAAAAUCUGGCAGACAUGUCCUCCACUGGAGCAUAGGAAAGUUCAGGAACAUGCAUGAGGAGCAGUGUCAACUAAAAAUUAUGUAUUUCACCAGAACCAACAAGCUUUGGUGUCACUGUCCUCCCUCAAUCAAAACUUUCUAAUUUUCUGUCUUUUAAUAGGUUAUUUUCAAAUAAGUUUUACUUCAGGCCAAUUUGUUUUCUUGUUCCCUGUGUGCCAAAAGAACCCUGACUAAAGCAUCUGGAGUUGAUGACUCCCUGUAUGUCUUCCCUUUGUUUCAUGUAAUUUAACAACAGUUCUUGCAGUGGGGAGGAUGGCAAUGAUCCACUUACAGAACUGGCACCUGAAAUUUACUCAUCUCUAAUCCCAGUUUUGUGACCACCUUUGUAGCCUAAAUUGAUUUCAAGUGUUAAAUAUUCUUUUCACUAACUCUGGGAUGCAGGAACUGCUUGAUCACACUCUUCUCUCUUUAGCCCAGGUUUCUCUCUAUAUUAUGUUAGAGUGGUUAUAUUGGGAAUUUGGCUUGUUAGACAGGAAGAACAGGGAAGCCCCAAGUCUCUGCUCCAAGAACUUUGCCAAAUGCUGGCAACUGUAAUAAAUCCACAUGAUGCAAUUUUGCUGGCCAAAUCACAUACGUGGCCAUUAAUUUCCUAAGUCUGCCACGAAGUACAUGGGUGAUUUACUGAACAUAGUCCUAAAACUUGAACCAGGUUCAGGAGAUAUUUCCCCAUUUUAAUGUUACAUAGUCAAUAUCUUUUAAUGCUACAAUCAACAUCUUUAAUGUUUUAAUGUUUAAUGUUACAAAUCAACAUCUGUCAACAGCAGACACAAUGUGAACUAUCUACCCCUGAAACUAUGUGAAAAGCAGAUUCUGCCAGCUGAACUAAAGGGAUUUGGUCUCUGAGAUAGCAAUAAUGGAAGAAAGUCUCCAUGCUCCAAAUGGCAAUAGUGUGUUAUGCAUGUUUUGUGGCACAAAUACUGGAUUUUACUGUUUCAAAUGUCAGGGUGGUCUCAUGCUGUGUGCCCUGUUCAGAGCAAUUCCUAUGCAGUUGAAGGGAAACUGCACAGAGUUAAAAGACAGAAUGUGGGCUUCCCCAAAGUGCAUACAGGAGAGCAGCAUACUUUGAUGGUAGUUGUACAUAAACUUAAGAAGUAGUGACAAUGAAGUGGGUGAAUGGUCUGCAAUGAAGUAGUGUGAAUAGCAGGAUUGAUUUGUACUUACAGUUUUGAAAUAGGUAGGGUUAGUCAUGGUUGUUCUCACUUUACUGUUACUUUGCCAGGUUCUUUUUUUCUUGGGAGAUCUCUGAACUGAAGUAUACUUAAGGAUGCACCAUUUACUAAGUUAGUACAACAGUUUUGUACUUUUACUUUUUUAAACUAGUUUCAUGUUCUCUCGUGUUUACAAGGUUAGAGUUUGGUUUUUGGUUUUUUUAAAGUGAAUCUGACACACUGUGUUUGCAUCAAUUGUACUAGUAUUUACAAUUUUUACAUCCUUUACAAAGGAUAUUGUGCCAUACGAAUAGCAUCAUUGCUGAGGGUGAGUGUAACUGGAGAUAAGUCAGCAGGGUGCCCUGGCUGCCAGAAGGGCCAACCACAACCUGAGGUACGUGCAGCACAGCAUUGCCAGCUGAUUGUCUCACUCUGCUCUGCACU